AUGCAUCUUAGAAUAUCUUUAACUAUGUUUGUUAUUUUAUAUAGAUUAAAUCAAUUAUGCCAACAAUUUUUUAAUAAUCCAAAAUGCACAUAUUAUUUAGAAAAAAAAUGUUUUGCUAAAAGAUGUACAGUACCUUGUCAAAAUUCUAAUUGUACAAUGUUUGGUACAGAUCAUUUCGGUCAAUUAUGUCGUCGUCGUCGUCGUGGUAAUGGUACAAAUGAUAUCAAAUCAAACAAGAGUAAAGAAUCAAGAAUUGGAGGGUAA